AUGUCUAACGCAAACCCCCUCCCCACCAAUUCCGCGAUCGCCCUCUCCCUCCUCACCUCCCUGGGCGGUGCAAUCGGCUACGCGCGCACCGGCUCGAUCCCCUCGAUCGCCGCCGGCCUCUCUGUCGGCGCCCUGUACCUUGUGAGCUUCCUGCGCCUGCGCGCAGGUGAGACCUACGGCGAGGAAAUCGGCCUGCUAGCGUCGGCCGUGCUGGGCGGUAGCUCGAUCCCGCGGGUGAUCAAGACCGGCGGCAAGCCUGUGCCGAUGGGCCUGUCUGUCCUGGCUACGUAUGGGCUUGUUGUGUUUGGGCUUGCGUUCCGUGAGAAGCGGGCGGCUUGA